CAUGAUCCAUCCCCUCUCUCUCUCUCUCAUAGUCUCAUUCAUUCUCUUCAUCGUUGUUCGUACGAAUGGCUUCCAUUCCUCCUCUCAGCUCGCGUGGUGCUCUCCUCCGCCGCUCAUCUCACCGCCCCACCGUGUGCUCCUCAUCCUCCUCCUCCUCUUCAGCCUCUUCCUCACUUCCACCUCCUCCCUGGGAUACCACUUGCCAGGUCACGCGACGGUUCGUCUCCAUCGCCGCCGUAUUUCUCUCCACUUUCCCUAAUCAUGCCGCCAAUGCGGGUAGCCCUUUCGACAAGUAUGUUAAGCGGAAGAAGUUGGAUCCUCUGGAGGCCUAUGUUCCUGUUGUUCUAUUAACACAAGAUCAAUUCAAGGACUUGGAGAAAUCUUUGGAGAUUGAACAACCGAAAUACGAUAUUUGCCGAUCAUUGUUGCGGUCUGGUCCGGCAGCAUCUCUUCGUGUCAAUAUUCGCGCGGUGGCACAGUAUGCUGAUGAUGAUGGGAAGGGAAAAAUAGCUUCAAAUGCUGUUGAUGAAUGCUUGAGAGCUUUAGAAGACCUUGAUUCACUGUUUCUCCAUGCUUCAAGGAAUGAUCCAACAGCCUCUGUUGAGUCUAUGAAGAGCAAGAUCAAUACUGCUUUGGUAGCAUUGGACAGUCUAUUAGGAACUGUGCCUUCAGAGUUGCUAGAAAAAGGGCAGGCCAUUGCUGAAGCAUAUAGGAUCCCAAGCAACCAGAACAACAAUGAAACCAAAUCUGAUGAUCUUGACCCUGAACUUAAGCAACUUGAAGCUCUGCUUUGAAUCAUGCCAUUCCAUAUUGGUUGUGUAUUUGCAAUUAUGUUGCGUUCCUGAACAUAUAAUUUCACAAAACCUGUCCAAAAAAAAUACGGAAAAACAACUUUUGUUGCAAUCACUUAGCAAAGAGUAACAAAAAUCAUGUAAAGUUACA